AUGGACCGCCGCCCGGACAAUUCCCUGGAACGUCCCGGGGAUCGCGGAGCCGCGGGGGGCGGGGCCGGGGGCGCCCGGGGGCGGGGCCUCGGCUCUGGCCCCGCCCCGCGGCCCCGCCCCCCGAGGCGCGCGCCGCCCGCAGCCGCCGUGCCGAUGCCACGUGGGAGGCGGCGGAGCCGCCGCCGCCGCCGGGCCGGAGUCGCGGCCCCGCUAACGCUGGGGACGGCGCUCGCCGGCCGCCGCGAGGAGGGGAGGUCGCGGAGCCCCCGGGACCGCACCGGGAUCGCCGAGACCCGAUGGGUGCUCGGCGCGGUGGCGCCCGGCUCGCGGCUCGGCCUCCCGGGCCUAGAGGCGCUGGCGGCGGCGGCCGGGCCUAGGGGCGGCUCUCCGCCCUGGGCGGCGCCCUCGCUGCUGCAGGUGCCGGCGGCGGCCCAGCCGGCCCCGCGGCGGGACGGCAGCGACUUGCCCGCCGGCGCGCCCGCCGCCCUGGCCGUGCUGCGGCUUCAGCCCGGCGCCGAGGGCUCGGCGCGGGCGGCGGCAGCGGCGGCGGCCGGGGCCGCGCCGCGCCUGCGGACCGUCUACGUGAACCCGCGCUGGCUGGAGCGCCAGGCCGCGCUGGGGGCGGCGGCGGCAGCGGCGGCGGCCGCCAGCCCCUGCGCCGAGGCGGCAGCGGCGAGCGGCGCGGCCGGGGCCCCGGCUCCGGCCCCAGCUCCAGCCCCAGCCCCUGCUCCUGCUCCUGCUCCUGCUCCUGCUCCGGCCCCAGCUCCGGCUCCGGCAGCAGCGGCGGCGGCGGGGCAGGGCGAGGCCGAGGCGGCGGCCACCCCCUACGUGGGGCUGCGGCGGCCGCUGGGCUACAAGUUGGCCAAGGCCACGAAGGAGCGGAUCUGGCGGGGGGAGUUCAUUGACCUCUUUUCCUUGCUCCACACAGAGCUGGCCCCCGAGCACGGCCCGCGCCCGGGGGACACGCUGGACCAGUGGGUCUCGGCCUUCCUGGUGUACGCCAGCGUGCUGUGCGAGAAGCACCCGGCGCGCUGCGGAGCCAUGUUCAAGUACCUGGACACCAUCCGCAAGCUGCACGCCACCUACGGGGGCACCUCCUGGAUGAACUACGAUGAGGAUUUCCGGCGGCGGGCGGCCAAGAACCCCUCGCUGCCCUGGGGCGACGUCGACUUGGACCUGUGGAUGAAGUGGAUGGCGCCCCUCAAGUCGCUUGUCCCCAGACGCCUGCGUACCGACAGCGAGACACAGGCCUCGCCGGCCCAGCCGCCACCGCCGGGCCAGAGCCCCAAGCAGGAGGAGAAAAGCCAGACUCCAUGAAAACAGAAGACCAGUUGGGAUGGGAGUCAGACUAAGUGGCCUGACUCCGUUGGUGUUUAAGUGGAGCUCUGGUAUUCUAGUGCAUUCUUUUACCUCUGCUUCUGUUGCGUUGCAAGCUGUGCUAGAGAAGACGUAGGAAAUUCAUUGUACCAAUCAGCAAUUGUAACAAUGGACUACAAACCUGCAGAGCAAGCCAGUUUGCUGGAAAACAGGAAUUCCUGCAGCGCAGCACUUGUCACAGACUAUCCAAAGAGGGCAAAGAUUCAGGAAGGUGAAUAAAUUGAACACUGGUUGAAUGAGGUCAGGAGCACUCUCCCGGAGGAGAAUCCUGCCUAAAAUACUACUUUGAAAGUAAAAGCCAAUUUAAUGCGCAGAUUAAACCUUCUCAUUUGACCAAACUUGUGUGCAAUCCUGGAUCUUUGCAGAUCACAACCGGACACUUCAGAACCCUAUGUAUUAUAUUUGUUUAAAAAAAUAAAUCAUAACUUGUCUUGUUACAGCUGUUACUUUUGCCAUUUCAUUGAGAGUAUCUGCAACAUAAAUGUGUAUUUGACUCAGAAAAGUAUCAUACACUUGGGAUAAUAACUCAGGUUGUCAACAGAAUUAUUCUGUUAGGCUCAGUAUCCUCUUUCCAUUGUUCUGCAUUAACCAUUACUGUCAUUGUCAAAUAGUCCAAUUGUGCAUUACAAAAUUCUUCAUCAAUUAUAAUGAUUGACCUAAGUUAUAAUUUUGUUUAUAUCCUAGUAGAUUACUUAAAAUCGUGACCAUCAGACUUUGUAGUCUGGUGUUCAUGAAAAUCUUUUUCACUGAUUCACAGUUUUCAUUUUGCAUCUCAGUAUGUUGUUUUCUUCUCCUUUUUCCUUGCAUACUAAGGGGUGUGGUCAAGGUAAUGCUAUGAUCCAGUAAUGCGCAUGAUGGUAAGGGUUUGCCUUUAGUUGUUUCAGGAAAAAGCUGCCCUUAUGUUCUCUCCCUUUCUCAAUAUUUCCAAUAAUAUGCAUAACAUAAAGUGUUUGUAAAUUGAUAUCAAACUGUUUGUGACUUCACCUAAAUAAAUUUUUAUAUUUAAAUGCUA